AUGGUGCCGCCACCCACCAACACCUACUACUGCAUACCACCGCCACCAUUGCCGGAAUUUUACGACAGUAGCACUCGACGACCGCCUCCAUUGCUUGAGUCUGAGACCACCAUAACUUCAAGACCGGCGGCAAUGGCUGCGAAUGGUGCCGACCGUGGGUGGCGCUACGUCGACAUCAAGAAGACUACGAGGACGCCAGCAUCCUCGCCUUCAGCUGCUCGAGACCGCGACGUGCCUCCACUCGCCGUAUACCACAUCUGUCGAAUCUGCCUUCGACCCAGAAGUGAGCGGUAUCAUCGCGACCAUCCCAUCCCGGCCGAUGGUGUGCCACCGCCUCCGGGUAUUUGCAGAAGAUGCCGGGUCGCACCAGCAGAAGAUCUCCAAGAUGUCGAAGAGGUCACUAAGAAGCGCGAGAGCAACGUGAUUCGAGUGGGUGUAGGAUGCUUGGUGCCUGAUGAGGACGCCUUCACGAAAUCCGAAAUGCGCGACACACGCGCUCGUCGUGCCAUGAGCGAGGCUACCUACGCCGAACUCGAGCCAGUUCGAGAUCGUAAUACAACGAUCUAUGAAACCGCCUGCCCUAUAAAAUGCGACCCAAGCCCACCGAGAGAACGAGAGGAGACCAUUUAUCGUCACAUUCAUGAAGUCAUCCCACCGCGUCCCCUCCGAUCGCCUGUCCGACAAGCACCAGCAUAUACCGCACAGGAUUUUUCUGGUGCUGCCGAAGCUUCUCUUGCGCAGCAACAGGUUAUCGUGGAUGCAGAUACUUACGAAGCCACAGCUGGCUCAUCGCCCUGGACGAGAUCAAUCCGAAUACCGCCACCGCCGCCUUCAAAUGCACGUCAGGAGUUGCUGCGUUCGGAGCUCGUAGACUGCCAGCAAGAGCGUCAGGCGUCGACACGGCGCAGCGUUUCUAGUCGGCGGCUUCCAACAGGGUUUACGGAAGCUGAUCAGACUAAGACGUCUGCAGCCACUCAAUCGUCAACUUCAACAUCAAGUUCCUCAUCAUCAAGUUCUUCGUCAUCAAGUUCUUCAUCAUCUAAUUCUCAGCCACGAGAGCGAUCGGAGGCAGAGAUUCGUAGACUCGCUAGAGACGAAGUCGAGCGGUAUCGUCGCUUGGAGCGAAAGUUGGAGAAACAUCCAAGUCCAUAUGCGCAUGGCAGAAUGGUCGAAGUCAAGAGAGUUCCAGUCGAACGUCGAAUCGAGCUUGAGAAGGACAUCCCUGUGCAGAUGCCUUGGUCCCGGCCAGAACUAGGACGAAAAGACUCCCGACUGGAACCUGAGCGGGAGAUUGAAGAAGUGGUCAUCGAACGCAGCCGCAAACAGGAUAAGCCAACUAUGCGUGAAGUACCCUUGCCGGAUUCGAGCACCUCAUCUGGUUCAUCAAGCACUUCAUCUGAGAAAACGCGCUGGCCAACAGCGGCAUACGAACCGUCAGCGAGACCACGCCAAGGUCAAGUUAAGUCAGGUUCCGAACGAGUCAAGAUGGUUGUCGAGCAGAAAAACCAGGUCUCCGCGGAGAUCAGAACAAAAGGAAGCUUGCCAUAUCCUGAGGAUGAGCGCUCUCUUGCCGCUACCAUGCCUUCGCCUACCUCGCAUGUCUCACGCUCAGGACGCACAUCGAAGGCGGCGACUAGUCGCAAGGAUGAUGGCGAAUACGAGUACGUGGUGCGCAAGGUGCAAUCAUAUAGUCGAUCACCAACACGCGGACGCUACGAUCAGCGUGAGACGACCGAACGAUACGUACAUCGCACUAGGCCGGGAGAAGAAGGCGUAUUACCAGAAGCGACUGCUAGCAACCAGCGAGGUCGCCGUCCAAGUGAUGCCUCUAGUCGAGUGCACUUCUCUAAGAAGGUUGAGAUCUCGCCAACGCCACCGAACAGUAAUGCAAGCUCUCGAGAGUUCCGCGACUUCGCUCGGCGGAGAAAAGGGAGUCGAGAACGUAAGGAGGAUCUGAUAGCAGAGUAUGAGCGUAGGGGCCGCUUGCGUAACCGAGAUACCUAUCUCGUCGAAGAUGACCGGGACCGCACGCCUCGCCCGGGUCGGAGCCAGCGGGAGCGAGAAGAUGAUGCUCCUGAGUCCUCAACGACAUCCUCAUCGACGUCCGAAUCGAAGUCUGAUGAGAGUGCCGAUGUUGACGAUCAACGUGAGAUGCGGAGGCGCGCACCCAUCAGGGGAAGUUCACGAAGAAGGCUACCUGACGAUCUGACGCGACGAUCACGCAUUGACGAUGAUCUUCUUGUCUGGGAUGGGAGCACGAAUAGUGAAGACAGCGAGGAAUAUGUGCAAGAGGCAGACUAUCGACAAUGGCGAGCGAAGUAG